AUGGAGAGAGAUGAUGAUGAUUACUCCAAGGGCUUAGUCUACACAUAUAACCGUGUCAAUAGGACCUUAAGACACAACGGCCAGAACAGACACUCUCAUAACCAAGAGUAUUAUAAUGAAGAAAAAAACAAUAGGAGUGAAAAACAGAUUGGAGGUAGGAGACCCCCUGGUCCUCCCUACAGGGAUACUAAUUCCCCAUGGACCAACACUAAUUCCACCCCGAAUACAUAUAACCCUAAUAUGUCAUAUCAUAAAACUUCUACACCGAGUUACCAAUCACACAACAAUUAUGCGAACCCAAGGGGACACAAUCAAAACCAACACUAUCAUAAGAAUAGGGAACAUCCUUCCACCUCUAACAUGUAUCCACCCACAUUCAACACUUACCAACAACAUAAUGAGGGAGCUUCUAAUAGCCCAGGACUUAACCACCACAAUACUUACAAGCAACAAUCACAUCGUAAUACGAUGGGAUGUAAUGAUACUGACCAAAGAUCACAGGAACACAGUAUCGCACAUCCCAACAGAUAUCAAGUCUUACACAACUUGGAGAAUACAAAUGGUGCAAAUGGGAGUACUAACACCCCACAAAUAUCUUCUCCUUUUUUAGGGCCAGGUCACCUACAUCAGGACCCUCCAGUAUGGCAAGGCCAUGGGGGCCCGUCCUUGCCCCAAAGACAAAAAAGACCAUUCGGAAACGAGGAUCUAGAGGUAAAUCCAUCACCCGCAAAAAGGAAAAACUAG